AUGUCUACACUUCAAACUGGCCAGAACCAGGAUCACUGCUUCUACCACGGCCAUGUAAGAGGACAUCCCGAGUCCUGGGUGGCUCUCAGCACAUGCUCAGGAAUCAGGGGCCUGAUAUCCAUGAAUUCUACUGACACCUACUACCUGGAGCCAAUUAGCGGAGUGGAUCCUCUCCACCAUUCGCUGUUGAGUGCAGAGGAACUGCCAGUUAAAGGUGGAAACUGCAGCCACGGCCAUCACACCACACAGUCCAACCACAUCUCCAACCUGCUCAGUUCAUUUCAUUCUAGGGUUAAAAGGAAUGCCUGGGGUACCACCAAGUACAUGGAGCUGUACAUAGUGGCUGAUAACACACUGUUCAGAAGGCAGAAUAAGGACUAUGAAAAGACCAAGACGAGGAUAAUGGAAAUUGCCAAUUACGUGGAUAAGUUCUAUAGGGCCCUAAACAUCCGUGUGCCUUUGAUUGGCCUGGAGGUUUGGACUGACAGGGAUCAGUGUAUUGUCACCGAGGAGCCAAACGCCACCCUCUGGUCCUUCCUCCAGUGGAGGCAGAAGCUGAAAUCCCGGAAGAAACAUGACAACGCCCAGCUGCUGACCGGUGUGAUUUUCAAGGGAACAACUAUCGGGAUGGCACCGCUGGAGGGGAUGUGUAGCCUGGAAAACUCUGGAGGCAUCAACGUGGACCAUUCAGAGUUGUCCAUCGGCGCCGCCGCCACCAUGGCCCACGAGAUUGGCCACAACUUCGGCAUGAGCCAUGACCAUGAUGGCUGCUGCGUGGAGGCCACCGCCGAGCAGGGGGGCUGCGUAAUGGCCGCCGCCACGGGGCAUCCAUUCCCACGUGUCUUCAGUCGCUGCAGCAAACGCGACCUGGACAGCUACUUCCAGAAGGGAGGGGGCAUGUGUCUCUACAACAUGCCCAACAUGAAGGACCUGGUGGGGGGCAAGAAGUGCGGUAAUGGCUUUGUGGAGGACGGAGAGGAGUGCGAUUGUGGAGAACCUGAUGAGUGCACCAAUGACUGCUGCAAUGCCAAUAACUGCACCUUGAAGGAGGAGGCACAGUGUGCCCAUGGAGUGUGCUGCGAGGGCUGCAAAUUGAAGCAGGCAGGUACAAUGUGCCGGGGCCCAGCGGGUGCAUGUGACCUGCCAGAGUACUGCACCGGGGCCUCGCCUUACUGUCCUGCCAACGUCUACCUGCUGGACGGCUCCUCCUGUCAGUACGGAGUGGCCUACUGCUACAACGGCAUGUGCCUCACCCACGAACAGCAGUGCCUGCAGCUCUGGGGCUACGGAGCCCGACCGGCCCAUGAUGCCUGCUUUGAAGAUGUCAACGCAGCAGGGAACGCUUUCGGGAACUGUGGGAAAGAUGAACAUGGCAACUACAUGAAGUGUGAGAAAAGUGACGCCAAAUGUGGUAAGAUUCAGUGCCACAGCGCUGCCAAGAAGCCCAAAGGCACCAAUGCCGUGUCCAUCGACACCACCAUCAAGACGGGCGGCAUCGAGGUGAAGUGCCGUGGCACCUACGUCUACAGCACCCAGGAUGGCCAGGGCGACCUGCCCGACCCCGGCCUUGUCAUGACCGGCACAAAGUGUGGAGAGGGCAAGUUUGCCUUCCUGGUGGUCCUGCCUGCAGUGCUGCUGGUCUUCUAUUGCUACAGGAUCAAGACUUCAUAUUACCAUAAGUGGCUUUCCCAGAGAGAAAAGAACAAGACCAACAAGAUGGAGGCAUCGGCAGAGAAAGAGAAGAAUGGCCAUCUGAAUCCUGCCUUCCACCUGAAGGUGGUCGGACCAAUCAACAAAGCUAGCGGCCACAAGGGGCUUCCUCACACCAGCAAAGAGGUCCUGCCUCUUAGACCGGGCCCUGCACCCAAUGGCACCCAGCCAGUCAACAUUGUGCGACCUCUGAGACCCGCCCCAUCUCCCCAGAGUGGUCCCCGGGACAUCAAGGUGGUCCGCCCACCUCUGCCAGCUGGAAAGCCCCCAACAGCUCCGCCUAAAUCUGCCCCUACCCAACAGAGACUCAGCCCGCCCAAGAAACCUCUGCCCCUGAACCCCACACGAUCUCCACUGUUAGUGUCUGAGCUGCAGCCCAGACCUUCCCCUUUCCCUCCUCAGAGGCCUCUCCCCCUCAGCCCAGCCAGAGGAGCCUCCCCCACGGUGAGUCCAGCCCGGACCCAGGUCUCCAAAUCCUCGCCAGGCCUUCUGGUCAUGAUGCCUCCGGCAGUGGGACCAAAACCCGUGGGCAAAGUCUCAGCCAUCCCCCCUCUCAGAGCUCUCAGGUGGGCAAACACACACAGUACUGUAGCGUAGUGUAUUUUCAGGUGGGUAAGGUCGCUUUCACUAAUUGAAAAUCAAAUGUAGGUCAACUUGAAACGAGCUAAUAAUUGAACUACAACCGUUGUAAUGAUGGCAGAAAGUUCACAACUCAACUCAGCCACACAGAGAGUGACUUGAACUCUGAAACAAUAUAAACAUUCAACAAUGCCGAAUCAUAACAGGAGCUACAUUGGCUACUGGGGACCGGCUAACUACAGCCGCUAAUGAGCCGCCUCCAAUUCCAGCCUCUCAUCCAGCAUGGGACAAAAACUAGUUAUUACAUGUACCAUUAUCACUAAAGGAGCCAGAGGAAUAGUGAAACAUUUAACACAGAGCAGAGAGAGAGAGAGAGAGGAGCUAACUGCUAAGCUUAAGCACUGUAGCUAGCAAGACUGAAUAGCUGUAAAUGAAGUUGCUAAAAGAGAGAGCUGUGAGUGCUUGAGCAGAACUAAUGUAUGAUACAUGUAUAGCAGGUAAUUAUCCAAUGGCAGCAGCCACUGGCUAGUUCAUGGCUGUGGUUCUGGUGACAAGGCGCAUGUAGCCGUUUUUGUUCCUCUGUAUAUAUCUGAGCAGUGAAAAGUGCCUCACUUAAGACUCAUCUUGUUAACUACCAGCGGGCAGUCUACAAGCAAGAAUAAGUUUGUUCAGACUGAAGUUAGAGCUGUCAGCCAUUGGUGGAGUACUGUUUUGAAGCAUCAAAUGUGGCGUUACUGUCGAUGUACACUACUAUAGAAAGUGCUAUUUUGUUUCAGUUGCAUUCAUUUUUAUGUGGAGUAUUUCCGUUUGAAUGGAUCUCCUAAGCUAACUGUUUGAUAUGAUGACAUGAUUUGAUACACACACACAGUGAGAGCGGUGUACCGGCAUUAUCUCCUCCACCUACUCAGUGCAGCUGUACUGUACGUACUGUAUUGAAUAACUUGCUUUACAGUUCUAUGCACUGCAUGUGGAAACCCCAUCACAGCACCUUCUAAGGUUCACUCUGACAGUGUGUAACUACUCUGACUUUAACUUGACCUCAACUUUUUGUUUCAUGAUGUUAUCUAAAAGAUAUAUAAUGGAAAAAUCAUGUUCGUAAAGCAGCUAUUGUAUGCUGAGAAGGCCUUUUAUCACCCAGCGAUAAAAGGCUUUAUUUUUAAGAAAUACUGCCUCUCUUUACAUUUCAUGCUGUUUUUCUGUUCAUGGUGGGCGUGAGCACAUAAACACUCCCAAGUUUACAAACCAUGCAAUCCACUGACUCCGGUCCUCAUCAGCAAUCAAUUCUCAGUUUUUAUAAGUGAUAGCCCCCCCCGUCUAAAGCUUUGUACUCACUUUCUUCAGAUGCAGAGUCAUGAUUUUAGUUGGGUGCAGUUUAUCUGUGAAUGUAGUAAAAGUCGGGCAGGGAAACCUCAAGGCGGUUGUUCCUCAGGUUUUACGGUUCCUCCGCUCCUCUAAUGUAGCAGAUGGAUCAGAAUGUCUCCACAUCUGGUUCUCCCUGGCAGUACUGAGAUCUGAGCCCACAUUAGGUUUCACGCCUUACACCAGCUGCUGGUGUAAGUGUAAGAGCAGGAGCAGCAUGCAUUAGACUUUACAAAUCCCUAGAGGAACGUGUGUUUUUGUUCUCGAAGUAGGGUUCAGAUGCACAAGGAAAGCAUAGAACAGGUUCAGAAUCAAUAUCUUUGGAGCACACUCACUGAUGCCUGCUUUUUGAUAGCUGUUCUUACGAUAAUGGAUAGUUUUGUGCCAAGACAUUUCUGCAUGAUUUUAAUCCCAUUACAGUUGGAACGGCACUCACAUCAUGCUCUGUUCUUGGAAAUAAAAACAUUCAUACAGGUAAUCUCAUCAGAACAGAAUUGGAUACUUGAUUCUCAUGCUUAGAUUUUCCUGUGUUACCCUAUUGUCAGAAAACCUCCACCCUAACUAACAAUUUGUAAACCUGUCUCUCAAUACUUCCUGACUUCACUUCCUGGAUCCAAGCCCAUUGGUUCCUACUGAAGACGUAAAAAAAAAAACACAGGUAGCAAAAAUACCAAUAAUAAUAAUAAUAAUAAUAAUAAUAAUAAUAAUAAUGCCAUGG